CGCUUUUACAGAAAUUGCUGAAAGAGAGGGGGGCGACGAACCAAUCACAAGCCCCUCUGUACGGCCCAAUCAGAAUCCUGGUUACGUCCCGCAGACUGCUGGGAGGAGUCGAGCGUUGGAAAGUGCAGGGAGGGAGCGGAGCGGGGGUCUCAGUAGCUUUCUUGCUCUGUGCGCUGGGACAGCUGCAGGAAGUGUGAGCAGUUGCCGUGCUGGCACCCCGGGGCCCCACAGCCUACCCCAUGGAAGGGCCACAGCGGCACUGGGCACUCGGCAUUAGCGCUAUCUUCCCCAGCUGAAGGGCUAAGUGUACCCUCGCUGCCUUACCGGGGUGUCCUGCCAUGUUCCCUCGCCCUCUAUACCAGCUGCCCAAGAGCUACCAGAUGGGCGCAUCUCCCCUGCCCAGCGGGGGGUCCGUCGCCCUGCGCAGAAUUGCGUCUCUCCCGCUCUCCCGAGCAGCCCGUAGCCACAGCGCCCUGCUGCCCUCCAUGCUCAUGUUUGGGGUAAUCGUGGCUUCCAGCGGCUUGCUGCUCAUGAUAGAGCGGGGCAUCCUGGCCGAGGUGAAGACGCCUCCCCCCCGGGGGGACUUGGUAUGGCGGAGCAGAGCGGCGGGGGAGAGUGCGGAGAUGGAGCAUCACAUUCUGCGGGACAUCAGGAACCGCACCCUGCGCUCAGUCUGCGCCCAGAGGAACAUGCCCCACAGUAUCUGGCAGCUCCCCGCCAGCCAGCGCCGGACCCUGCUCAAACACAUCCUAGUCAGUGACAAGUACCGCUUCCUGUACUGCUAUGUGCCCAAGGUGGCCUGCUCCAACUGGAAGCGAGUACUGAAGGUGCUGGGGGGCUCCCUGCCGAGCACCGAUGUGAAGCUGAAGAUGGAUCACAAGAGCGACCUGGUGUUCCUGGCGGAUCUCAGCGCGGAGGAGGUGCGCUACCGGCUGCGGCACUACUACAAGUUCAUGUUUGUCCGGGAGCCCAUGGAGAGGCUGCUCUCCGCCUAUAGGAACAAGUUCGGGGAGAUCAAGGAGUACCAGCAGCGCUACGGAGUGGAGAUCAUCCGGCGCUACCGCAAGCAGGGGGGCAGCUCCGCGGGGGACGAUGUCACUUUCCCCGAGUUCCUUCAUUACCUGCUGGAUGAGGAUCCGGAGAGGAUGAACGAGCACUGGAUGCCCAUCUACAACCUGUGCCAACCCUGCGCCCUCACCUAUGACUUCAUCGGCUCCUAUGAGCGCCUCAGGGAGGAUGCCAACUAUGUGCUGCAGAGGGUCAAGGCCCCCCCAUUCAUCCAGUUCCCAGAGAGACAAGCAUGGUACAAGCCAGUCACUAGGGAGAGCCAGGAUUACUUUCUGUGCAACACCCCCAAGGGCCUCAUCCGGGAGCUGCUGCCCAAGUAUAUCAUGGAUUUCUCCCUCUUUGCUUAUCCCCUUCCCAAUAUCACUAGUGAGUACUGUAGGCAGUGAGACUUGGCCCCAACCAUCCUGUUACAGUGUGUACAAUAUACUGCACAAAGCCAGUGUGGGUACUACAAUCCGGCUGCACACCCCUAGGCACAAUUGCUACAGGGGCAUCUGCCACCGCUUCCUGGGCACGCCAUUGGGAAAAUAUCCUGCACUUUACAUUAACCAAAAGUCAUGUCCCUCCUGUUGCAGUGACACACAAGCCCUGGCCUUGUCUGUGCACUUUGGCACAAUCAUUUAUAUUUUCUUUCUUAAGCAGAAAUAAUAUGUUUAGUACCUUGUGGGUCUUAUCCAGAUUAUAAUACUGCUAAUUGCACUUAUACAUGCAAAGAUAAUAUUUCAAUGGUAUGUAUUUACAGGGCAAUUAAAUCAAAUCCCUGAAGAUAAUUAGGUUGUAUACUUAUACACAGAGCUACAGAAUGCCUGUAAGGGCACAUUUACUGUAUAGUAAGGGUACAUUAUACAUACAGUCCCAAUUACUUGUGGACUUUAGCCUGGCUAUUGGGCCGUGUGUAGUUGAGAAUAGUAGGAAUAGUGCCUGCAACAUGUAAUGGGAUUCCGCUGGCACAUUUCAUUUGGCUGAGAAAAACCCAAUAUCCCAGUGCCACCUGUUAUUCACUACAUCUCUGCUGGUUUUUAGUCGAAAGAUGCCCUUCACAUUAAUGACAACUGGCACAAAUGGGUAUUAAGCAUUCCGUAUGGCAUUGCUCAAAGGACUUUAGUUGUGCGCUAAGUGCGUGUGUAAAUCACAUGCCAAGGAAUAUGGAUUAAAGCCAUUGAGUUCCAAUGCAGAGUACCCCUUCCAGCUCUCAGAACCGAUUACACUUAUAGUUGCACCGGCAGCAUUCAUAUGGAAAUGUGAUUUUUAUGCAAAUAAACUGCCACUAUAGUAUGGAAUGUAGGGUUUCAUAUAUUUUUUUUUUCUUUGGACUGUUUUCUUGCCACGCUAUUGAAAUGAGCAUGUGAGGACCUGCCUGGGGUGGGGGGGACAAGGUUGCACUAAGCUGCAUCACCUUCUGACCCCCCUCUGUACUCCCUUGUGCUCUGCUUGCUCUUUCAAUGUUUGCAAAACACAGUUCCGUGCACAUACUGUGCCAUUUUAUUUAUAUAUAUAUAUUCAAUGAUCAUUGCUCUUUUGGAACAGGGACACAUUUUUUAGUUUCUAUGUACCCGCAAGCUUUCAUGUACAGGAAUUGCAUUGUAUAUACUGUUUCUUUUAGCAUGCCUGGAGAACUUUCCUACUCCAGUUCAUAGGACCAAAGCUUUAUUGAAGAGCACAAACUUAAAAUGUUGCUGUAUAUUUUAUACAAAACCAUUGUCCUAUUUUUCUACUAUAUGAUAUUUCUUCUAUGAAGCCCCCAGAUUGGCCUCAAAAAGAGACAGCACCUUCAUCCCCAUUGUGUAAUGCCGGGUAUUUGUCAUGAAUUCUUGUUACAUUGCUAUAUUAUUUAACGUGACAUCCUUCAGUAUAUCAUCGUAUUAAGUGUCAUUGUUAUGUAGGUGUAUGAAUGUUCUGCAAACGUGUUGAAAAAAUGAUGAAGAAUCCACUUCAGUGAGAUGUGACUUUUCCUUCUUGCUGUAUCUGAUGGACUAAAGGCCCUCCAUGCUAUGUAUUUGUAUGUGGCCUCAGGGCCUUUAUUUUGUGUCACGCAGAUGUUCCAGGCAGGCCUCCUCUUGUGUUAGCUCUGCACAGUGUUUUCUUAAGCGUCCUGUGUGUAACUCCUUCACUGCCUGGGGCCUCUGAAAUUCUUCAGCUGCAGACGCGCUUAGUGCUUACUCAGCAAGAAAUAGGGUGCUUUGUCUCAGGACUAGUGAAAAUGGGAAUUGUUAUUUAUGCAGCUUCCCGUUAUGGUUGUGUAAGGCAGAAUUCAUUAUUUUUUUCACUAAAGGGGAAGUCUCGUUUAAUUUACUUUUAGUAUGAUAUAGACUGCUAUUUUAAGACAGUUUGUUAACUUUAACUUUUCUUUCUCUGAUAUUUAAAAUGCUAGCUGGUUUUUGGGUUAGCAGCACCAAGCACCCAGACAGUAGAUUAUCCUGCCGCUUGUUUUUUUUUUUUUUUUUUUUUUACAUUCCUUGUCUGUGUAUUCAAACUUUCACCUAUACACCUUCUAUAAUCUUUCCUUUAAACCAGUAAUUGGUUUCGAGGUUAGAAGGGGGUAGAAGCGGUCUCUAACAACCAUAAUUGCAAACUGGUGAGCUGAAGAAGAAAGAGUUAAAUAAUGCAUAAUAAUCAGAGAGUGAAACUAGAG